UCGUAGAGUCGAGGUCCUCCGGGGCCAGCAGAGCGGAGCGGAGCGACCAUAGAGUUGCGGUCGCCUUGGGCUAGUAGAGCGGAAGCUGUGGUUGGGGGAGGCCGCCGCACUCCGGCAGGGAGUGCUGCUGCGCACGCGCGGAGCGCGGGGGUCGCAGUGAGCGGGGCCUGGUCCGGGUGCCGCCCGCCCGCUCGCUCGCUCCUGCUGCAGCCGGCCUCGGGCCUCGGGCCCUGGAGAUCCAGCCCCGCCGCCUGCCGGGCCCAGCGGGGAUGGCCGCACAGUUCCAGGAGGCGUUUGAGGACCUGGCGCUGUUCUUCACGCGGAAGGAGUGGGAGCUGCUGGGAGAUGGAGACAAGGUGCUUUACCGGGACCAGAUGCUGAGGAAUUACCAAGCCCUUGUUUCCCUGGGAUAUCAAGGUCCCACACCAGACUUAAUCUGCCGCAUUCAGCGAGGGGAGGUGGAGCUCUGGGUCUGUGACGAUGAGGAUUCUGGAGAAAGCGCGUCAUCCGAGGGCCUGUCCCCAGCAGAUGCCUGGAUGGAGAGCAGAGCUGAGCAGCAACAUCUGAGGGAAGCACCUGCAUACCUGGAGCUGGUCCCAGUCAGAAACCAGCUACCUGUGCAAUGGGCACAGAAAGCAGCUGAGCCCCGAAAAAGCCCUGCAUGUAGGGAAGGAUUCAAGGGGCAGAGAGAUCUGAAGAGUCCUGAGGGCAGCACUCAGAGGGGGGAAGUGUUAUAUAUAUGUGGAGACUGUGGUAAAAGCUUCAGAGAUCAACAGGAGCUCAGGGUGCAUGGGGGGACCCAUGUGAGGGAGACUGCUGACCCCCAUGCCUAUAAAUCCCGUCUUGUUGAGCACCAGAGAAUACAUCUGGAGGAGCGCCCCCACCUCUGCCCUGAGUGCGGGAAGAGCUUCCUCCAGCUGUCUCACCUCCAUGUCCACCAACGUGUCCAUACCGGGGAGAAGCCGCACCACUGCUCUGAGUGCGGAAAGAGCUUUAAUCAGUUGUCCCACCUUCGUGUGCACCAGCGCAUCCACACUGGGGAGAAGCACUACUGCUGCGCUGACUGCGGGAAGAGCUUCAAUCAGCUCUCCCACCUCCAGUCCCACCAGCUCAUCCAUGCUGGAGUGAAGCCCUAUCACUGUGUUGAGUGUGGGAAGAGCUUCCGACAGAGGUCUACCCUCGCCCAGCACCUGCACGUGCACACUGGAGCCAAGCCAUAUGGCUGUGCUGAGUGUGGGAAGAGCUUCAACCGCUCAUCCAACCUCCGUGUGCACCAGCGUCUCCACACUGGGGAGAAGCCACACCGCUGUGCCGAGUGUGGAAAUAGCUUCAGUGACCCGUCACGGCUCCGUGUUCACCGGCGCGUGCACACGGGUGAGAAGCCACACCACUGUGAUGAGUGUGGGAAGAGCUUCAGGGACCUGUCACGGCUCCGUAUCCACCGGCGUGUCCACACGGGGGAGAAGCCUUACCGCUGCCCCGAAUGUGGGAAGGGUUUUGCUCGCCCAGAUCUCUUCCAGAUCCACAUGCAUGUGCACCGGGGGGAGAAGCCAUACCACUGCACAGAGUGUGGGAAGAGCUUUGUCCGCCCAUCCUUCCUUCGGGCGCACUUGCACGUCCACACAGGGGAGAAGCCCUACCCAUGUGCAGAGUGUGGGACAAGCUUCCAUUACCCAUCGCAGCUCCGCAUCCACGAGCGCCUGCACACCGGAAAGAAGCCCUAUCAUUGCAUAGAGUGUGGGAGGAGUUUCAAUAGCCCAACCCACCUCCGCGUGCACCAGCACGUCCACACCGGGGAGAAACCGUAUGGCUGCAACGAGUGUGGGAAGAGCUUCACCCGCCCAUCCUACCUCCACGUGCACCAGCGUGUCCACAUGGGAGAGAAGCCAUGCUGCUGUGGCGAGUGUGGGAAGAGCUUCGGGGAUCAUUCUGCUCUGAGCAAGCACCAGGAAACCCACAGAUCAGACCCUUGCCAUUGAUGUGGGAUCAGUUUUUGCCAGCUCUCCUCUCAGCUUUCUCCCUACAGUCUGUGCCCUGGGGUGGUAGGGAAGGAUCUGGCACCUGAACUAAAAUGGCCUCACCUUUGCAUCUGCCCAGGUACUAGGCUCACAUAAGCCUGGGGAUAGGAGUAUUGUCCAGGAGACUCAAACAUGCCAUAGUUGGGUUUCAGGCUGCAACUGAGAUGGAGGAGAUAGGUGGGCUCAGGCCUGUGCUUCAGGAGCCCUGCGGUCUUUCAAGUUUUGGAUUGGCAAUCUGGUCAGUUGACCAGUCAAAUAUUGUCAGUUGACUGCAUAUUUUUGACUGGUCAAAAAUUUUACCAAAAAAGUAAUUUUUUUUGUAGUUUUCUUGACAGAAAUAUAAGUUUUUUUAAAAUUGUUUUUGACACAUUUCUUAAUGGAAAAUUGGACUUUUUCUGUGCAUUAUUUGGACCUAUUGGCAACUUUUUUUUUACAAUUUUUGACCGGUCAAUGGACUGAACUUUAUUUGACUAGUCAAAUACCCAAACCUACUCAAAUGGGUUACCCUUGUUUGUGCUUAAAGCCAUCCUUUGGCAUUGUCUGAGGUGGGGACAGAGAGGCUUUCUUUUAGUUUGUUUUAGGGGGUUUUGGACUCUCGUAUUGUGCUUGCUGCGGGGAGGGAGAAGAGUUGGAUGCUCUUUGAGGAGGGGAGGAGACAACUGCAGCCUCUCCGCAGGGGUCGGGAGCAGGUUUGGAAGAAAUAUUGAGGGGAGACUGAAGGGCUCUCGCCUGGGAUUGAGGUGGAGUGGUGGGGAGGGGAUGGUAGGGGAGGGGCUCAGGACGGUUUCUUUUAUCUGGGUGUGACUGGCAGUUGGGAGGCAUGGUUGGGUUGGCAGGGGGGGUUGCAUGUGUAUGAGGUGGGGGGUUCACAUUUUGGGAUGUUGCUUGUGGCUUUUUUUAUUGCAAACUGCUGAAGCUUCCUGGAUAGGGCAGGAUAUAAGCACCUGUCCUGGCAGGGGGGUUUGCACGCGAGUCAUUGCCAAGAACAGCUUCUGCAAGGGAGACUCAGGCCACCUGCGCUGCAGAGGCCUGGCUGGUGCAGUAACGAUGGCAGCACCCCUAGUUCAGAUGCAGCCUGUGCUGGCAGAGGGAGUAGAUGCCCCACCUUCUGGAUGACGUGGGCUGAAGCAGAAAAACAGAUACAGCUCAGCAGAGCUGUAUCUACAUCAGGCACUUUGCUAGAGCAGCUGGGGAAUGAGAGGUUUCAUAGUCCUAUCUGGGCUAACCAUACUGAUUGAAAUACCAGUGUUUCUGGCACCUGUUCCACUCUUUUUGCCUAAUUCCCUUACAGUACCCCUAACCUAACGUCCCACUGUCCCAGCCCUGACCCCCAAAACGGUUACAGCAUCUGUGUGUCUGUUGCAGCACCCCGUUCCCUUCACAGCUCUUUCUCUCCAUACCCUCAAAACCCACAGAAGCCCAUCUUCCUCACUCUGCCCCCCCCUCCCCCAGCCAGUUUCAGCUCUGGGGAGUGGGGUGGGUGGUUUCCCAUGCUCAGGGCUUUGGCAUGUUGUUGGGGGAAUAUGGCAGGUGGCUGGUACAGCAUUAUAGCCCUUACUACCCUACAGAACUAAGCAGAGAGGAGCAGCCUGCCAUGAUGUAGAUCAGGGUUAUAAUUGUAAGUUAUAAGGGAUUCAUUAGGAGUGUGUCCUGGGGGGAUAGAGGUGCUCACAGGAAGACUGGGAUUUGGGGAUCUGCAGGGGGCAGGGAAACCCUGCAGGAGGCAUAGUAUUUGGGGUGAUAGAAGGUGAUAGAGAUUUGUGCAAGUGUCACACUGGGGAGCCUGAGUAAUAGGGAGCUAAGGGUCCUGGAAGGGUUACAGAGACCAGGGAGACUCAUGGAAAAUGGAAGGGAUACAGGGAUUGGGAAAGUCUGCCCAUCUUUCACCACAUUUAUAGGACUGGCCUAGAGAAAGAUAAUUCCUGACAAUCUCCCCUGCCACCCCCUUUUUUGACUCUCCAAUGGAAAAGGAAAGCAUACAGGCAAUGAAAGAAUGGGCAGGUCAACAAGGAAGCUUGCUAGGAAAUGGCAAGAAUCUGCAUGGGCAAAAUCAGGAAGGCAAAGAUAAAGAAUGAGCUGCACCUGGUGAGGGAGGUUAAAGAGAACAAGAGGAUCUACAAGUAAGUUGGCCCAAAAAGAAGCACUAAGGAAACUUACCGAGCCAAGGGAAUUCAUGAGACCCUAACAAGGCAGAGCUACUCAAGAGCUACUUUGCUGUUGUCCCCCCCCAAAAAAAUUAAGCUCCAAACAAACAUGUAAUUAAGAUUAUUUAGGAGCAGGGGAGCAAACCGAGGAGUGAGAUAACAAGAUAGUCGAAGAGUUUGCUUUGAGUCUGAAUGAAUUCAAGUCGGCAGGAUCUGAUGAACUUCUUUCCAUGGUACUGAAGGAACUGGUAGAGGGGAUGUUGGAGCCCUUGGUGAGGAUAUACAUGAAGUCAUGGGAGACGGACAGGAGCGGUGGUGCUCCCCUUCAGAACGGCAAGGAGGAGGACCUGAAGAACAAUAAACCUCUUUGCCUCACUGUAACAACUGGGAAGUUACUGCAGCCUUUAAGGAUUUGCAAGCAUUUCGAGGAGGCAAGGCUGAUCGCAAGCAGUCAGCAUGGAUUUACCAAGAACAAAUUGUGUCAAACAAGCUUGAUGUCCUUCAAAAAAGUAACUGGGUGGAUGAAGGGAAUGCUAUGGGUAUAGUGUAUCAGGAUUUCAGCAAGACUUUUGAGACUGUCCCAUGGGACAUUCUUGGAUACAAAUUGGAGAAAUGUGAGCUAAAAACCCUGUGAGGUGGAUAGACAACUGGCUCAAUAGCUGACAUGGAAGGGUAAUUAUAAAUGGAUCCAUGUCAGAAUGGCAGGUGGCUUUGAGUGUCCCGGGCCUAGGGCUGUUGGACAUGUGUAUUAAUGAUCUGGAUGGUGGCAUAGAAAGCUUGCGCAGGCUUUCAGAUGGUACAAAAUUGAGAAGGAUUGUCAGCACGUUGUGGGGAGGGGGCACAACUCAGAAAGGUCUCUACAGAUUGGAAAGCUGGGCUUGGACAGAUGAAGUUGAAUGCUAACGAACACAAGGUUGUGUACCUCAGGAAGAAUAAUCAAAAAUACAAAAUGGGUGACGCCUAACUGGGAUGGCUGCACUACGGAGAAGGCUCCGGAGUCUUGGGAGAUAGUAACUACACAGAAGGCAAACGCAAUUUUGGGAAUGCAUCAGUAGAAACAUUGGGUGCAAACGGGAGGUGAUAACGCCUCUCUACUUGACACUGGUUAAGCCUAGUUUUACCCCAUGGUCUAGAGUAUUGUGUGCCAUCUGGGGCUCCAUGUUUUAAAAAAGGCAUGGAGAAGUUAGGUUCCAGAGGGAGGUGACAGAAAUGAUAAAGAGCUUGAAAGGCAAGUCGUACAAAGAGGCUGGAGGAUCUAGACAUGUUCAGAUUGUGGAAAAAAUGCUUAAAAGGGGACACAAUACCAGUUUUCAGAUACCUGAGGGGUUGCCAUAAAGUGCGGAAAAGCACGUUUUGUCUUGUGCUGCGGAGAGUAGGACGCGGACUGAUGGCUUGAGGUUGCAGCAUAGUAGGUUUAGGUUGGCUAUCAGGAAAAACUUGAUUGCCAGUCCUUGUGGUACUUAAACCCUGGAGGGCUUGCCCCUCCACUCAACAUUGGACCCAUUGCCGUACUUGGGGUCACGAAGAAAUUUUACCCCACGGUCAGAUUGGUACUGACUGGGAGUUUUUGCCUUUUGGAGGCUGGUGGGGGCUCUUCCUUGCGUCUCUCAAGCAUUGUUUAUCAGCCUGUGCAGCUGCGGGACAUUUGCUGCCAUGGUUCCCCAGCUUUAUGUGUUGCAGGUUGGGAUGUUAUGUCUUGUGUUGCAUCAGGCCUGUAGUUUUGGUAAUAGGUUAAACUGGGUUUUUAUAGGAUUGUUUGGGUAGUGAUGAUCCUGCCUCUUCCAGCCCUACUUCUCUCUGACUCCUAAGUAAUAAGCAGUGGCACCAGUCCUGUGAAGUGACAGAGACCCCAAUUGGCAAUCCCUAGAGCCAGCACAGUUGCUGUCCAGAGGUGGCAGCAGCAGCAAGUCUGUACAGCAGCGAUCCCAAACGGCACGAGAUGAUGCUCCCGAGAGGUGAUGGAGACCCGAGCGGUGCGCCAGGCACCACAUCUCAUUGGUGACUCCAGACGGCACCAAUCCUAGUGGCACUUAAGCUGGCUGCAGCGAUGUCGCCAGGCAGCACUCGAAGCAGUGGCAAGCUGGUGAAAGUGGCAACUGCAGUCUUGGGUACUGAAAGGCAGCAGCACUUAAAGUGGUUGUGGGUGAUCCAGAGCAGCAGCACCCCCAGGUAGCGCUCCCUGGAGCAGCAGCCAGUGAUGACUGAUGACAACCCACCCAGUCGGUGGUAACCCUGGGCGGUGGGCUUCCUCAAGCUCCCAGUGACACUGGCUGCCUCGGCAGCGACCACGAGCAUCUAGAGAUGGAGACCCCAGCAACCCUUACCUAAAGGCAGCAAGCAGUAACAAAAAAACAUCCCUAGUAACCCUGGAAGAAACCUCUCAGCCCACCCCCACUACACUGGGCAAGGUUGCAAUUCCCAGGUGGAGAGUUUGCACUUAAAACUUAAACCAGAAACUUAAAAUUUGAAGGUGCAUAAAUAUAGGUGUUGAUAAGGUACUUAAUAUUUUUAAUGUUUUUCAUAUUUUAGGGUAUUUAAUGGGGGAGGUUGACACUGGGGUAAUUUAAUAUUAAAGUUGUUGAAUAUUUUGAAGUGUUGGACAUUUGGGAUGCUAUUUGGGGAUGCUUUAAUAUUUUGGGGUUAUAAUGGCUGGGGAGUUUGAAUAGUUGAAGGGAAAAUUAGAUGAGGCUGAAAUAUUUUUAUUUAUUUACCUUUUAAUAAACUUCUAUUAGUUGAAAUCACUUGUGAGUGGGGAAGUUGAGUG